GUAGAUUAAGUUGCUUUUAGACAGAGGGAUUUCCUGGUGGCUGAACUGUUGCCAACAAUUUUUGCUACAAACAUAUUUGUCUUAGUUUUUCCUUCAUCUUGCCUCUGAGAACUGAUGGAGGGAUGUAGCAGUGAGAUGGCAGCCUUCUCCCAGAAUAUGCUGACAGUCAGUGUGUUACUGAGUGUCUUCUUACUGUCAGGAGUUCAGGCUGGAUGUGGAUAUGAGAAAACAAACCUCAACAUUACUGCACCAGAGAAGAUAGAAGCUCUGAGUGGAUCCUGUUUGUUAAUCCCAUGUAGCUUUAGAGAAAUACCAGAGGAAUCAAAAGAAACGUUUGACAACAAGAAAGAAAUAUUUGGAGUUUGGAUGAAAAGUGAUCCAGCAUUUGGAAAGAAUCUGAAAAAUGUGAUUUACAACAGCAGUCUGUCUCAAAACAGCUAUGCAGUGAACAUUUCUGGAAACCUGAAAGAGAAGAACUGCACCAGUGUGUUUUCUAAUGUAAACUCACAUCAAACAGACAAAUACUUCUUCAGGAUUGAGAACGGGCCGUUAAGAGCAACAGCCAUCUGUGAUCCUGUUCAUAUAACAGUUAGAGAUUCUGCUCUGAGCCCCAGGAUUGAAAUCUCAGGUGAAAUGAAGGAGAAGAACUCUGUCACCGUAACGUGCUCAGCUCUCACUCCCUGUCCACAAUCACCUCCUGAACUCACCUGGAACCUCCAACCAAACCCUCACAGACAGAUGGAGAGGAACACAGAUGGAACGUUUACAACUACAAUCCAGCAGGACAUCAGUCUGUCAGAGAUCCACGAUGGAUACAACAUCUUCUGCUCUGCCAGAUAUCCUGUGGAUGGAGGAGAACACAAGACAGCAAAUACAGAAGUGACUCUCAGUGUUUUCUAUGCUCCCAAAGAAACCUCAGCAGCUAGAUGGGUGGAGCUGCUUUGCUCCAGCAGAGUCAAUCCUCCCAUCAGCUGCUCCACCUGGGUUGAAAACAGUACAUAUAAAGCCAGGAUAGUAACUAAAGGAGACGUCAGAUUAAUAGUCUAUGGGGGAGAAGUCGAUCGCUAUAAGGACUCUGAUAAUCGACAGUUUCGGGAUCGUGUCUGCAUUGGAGUAAAGAUCCUGGGUCUUGUGACUCUCUGCUGUUUGACGAUCAUCAUAGAGUGCCGGUCUAGAUCAGUUUUCAUCAACAAACAAGAGAAGGACGCAGAAGAAGCAGAUGACAACAACAGAGUGACGGAGAUGUGAGCUUCAUGAGGAGACCAGUAUAUUCUAGCUGUCAGACUCACUGUGUUUUAGCUUGCUGUGUUUACGUGAGAUAUUAAAUGUUGCAGGCAGAUUUUUAUAGCUAAAACUUAGCAGCAAUAAAUGAGCAGGGAAUAUUUUGGAUGUUACCUGAUGCUUGUAGAGCAAAGUAUACGUCUCUAACAGCUCAGCCUCGGAAAGAAUCACCCCACAUUGUUUAAUGUCAGCUCUUCUAUUCUACGUGUAUUCUGUGCUUUAAUAAACUCUCA